UCUCUAUCUCCUGAUGACUCAGAAUCGCUUAUCGACAUGGACCCCAGUCGGGACGCUAUUUUAGCGCCUAGCUGACGCGUUCGCACGAGUUGCGACUCUACUGAUGUUCUCACCGUCCCUCCAGCUCUGCCACUAUGACUUUCAAAGCGAGUAGCCUCAUCCAAUAUGCCAUUUUAGGAGUACUAGGGUACGUGUUUGUAGGAGCGCCACUAUUCACCACCCUUUUCGGCCAAAGCAAACGCGAUGUCUCAAAAGUUAGCGAUGUCCUGAAGAACAUCGAAUCACUAGUGGUACCAGAAGAGAACCUCACGUGCUCACAUCACAGCUACAACAUCAACAUCUUCUCCACGGAACCGCUCAUUAUCUACAUCGAGUCUUUCUUGAGUGAUGAGGAGGCAGAUCAUUUAGUGGAAAUCAGCGAGCCACAUUUUGAACCAUCGACUGUGUGGACGGGCGGUGUGGAAAGACUUGAUCCAUCGGUCCGCCAUUCCGAGAAGGCCCGGCUGGAAAGAGACAACACCGUGAAGUGCAUCGAGGAGCGAGCCCGAGUCUUCCAAGGAUGGCGCCCGGAUGUUUUCAUAGAGCGACUGUGGAGCCAACGCUAUGCCCAGAACGGGCAUUAUCGCCAUCAUUACGAUUGGAGCACUUCGUCUUCGUCUUCUGGCAGGGUUUCAAGCUUCAUGGUGUAUCUGGAGGCCAACUGCACCGGCGGAGGUACGAACUUCCCAAGGUUGACUAUGCCAGCCCACAGGAAGUGGUGCGAGUUCGUGGAAUGCUCGCCGAAGCAUGACUAUAGCGGGGUUACGUUCAAGCCUGCGAAGGGAAAUGCUGUCUUCUGGGAGAACUUCAGGGCCGACGGCACGGGAUAUAAGGAAAGCUGGCAUGCGGGUCUACCUGUGCUGUCUGGGAGGAAGAUUGGCUUGAAUAUUUGGAGCUGGUACCAGAAAGGCUACGACCCGAAGGCUGCCGCUGAAAAAUAAAAGGUAAAGAAGCUGUUCAUAUGUACAUGGAGGUAAAUGACUGAGCUGCACUCGUUUCUCAAUGUUCGGAGGCUUUGCAACACGUGACAGUGUGGAAUUGAUGUGAAAGAUGUCACAUUAUACAUCAGACUGACAUCUGUGGCACUACUUUCACUUGUG